CUAGUAUAUUUAAAUUAAAUAAUCACCAAAUAAAUAUCUACUAAAUAUACCAUGAUUGUCUUAACAUAUAUAUUACGGUUGAUAUGCAAUCUUCCCUUGAAAAAAAAAAUCUUAGCUAAACAUAUUAUUAUGGUUGAUAUGCAAUCUUCCCUUAAAAAAGACAAAUAAAUCUUAGCUAAUCAUAUUAUUAUGGCUGAUAUGCAAUCAUCCUUAAAAAAAUAAAAUAAAAUAAAAAAAUCUUAACUAAACAUAUCAUAUUAUUUUAAUAUAUAUUACCAUCAUUGAUAUGCAAACUUCCCUAUAUACUCCGUAUGGAGUUAUAUGAAAAUUUAUUGUCUCUUUAAUGCUUGUACUAUUGAAAUACGAGUAGUAGAAACAUGUUGGCAACACUCAUAGUACAACAUUAUUAAAUUUUUAGCCUCGACUUUAAUAUUACUUGUUAGCAAUUCAAUUCAAUAGAUAAGAGGAUUCCAAUUUCUAUGUGGUGUAAUUCAUGUAUUCAUUUUUCAGCACUCAAAAAGCUCUUGCAGAAACACAUCCAAAAAUAUAAAAAUGGAAACUCUAAGUAGUUUAUAUCUAAUAAACUUCCUGCAAGAACUCAUUUUCCACCCUUUAUUCCUUUCAUUCAUGCUCUUUGUAAUCUUGUUAUACAAAAGUCUCUCUUCAAAUCCUAGUAAUGGCAAAAACUUACCGCCUUCGCCUCCAAAGCUGCCAGUUAUAGGGAACCUCCACCAGCUUGGUCUGUUACCUCAUCGUUCUCUUCAGUCACUGUCUCGACGAUAUGGUAAGGUUAUGUUGCUUUGCUUGGGAAACAGACCGACCCUUGUCGUGUCAUCUGCUGAUGCAGCUGAAGAAAUUAUGAAGACUAAUGACUUGAUCUUCUACAACAGGCCUAGCUUGCGUAAUGCCACUAGAUUGUUCGAUGGUAAAGAUGUGGCUUUCGCUCCUUGUGGAGAAUAUUGGCGACAGAUGAGGAGUAUUUGCGUUAUGAAGCUGUUAAGUAACAAGAAAGUUCAGUCUUUUCGAAAAAUAAGAGAAGAGGAGGUUGCUGUGAUGGUUGAUAAGUUGAAUAGUUUAGGUUGUUCAGUGGUAAAUCUAGCAGAAUUUAUUGUGUCAUUCACAUAUGAUGUGAUAUGCAGGGCGUCAUUUGGAAGGAAAUAUCGCGAUAAUGAGGGUGACAUCAAUUUUAAGAAUUGCAUAGAGGAAGGUAUGAAGUUGCUCGGGACAUUCUUUUUGGGAGAUUUUGUACCUUGUCUUAGUUUGAUCGAUCGAGUAAAAGGUUUGGAAGGACGAUUGGAAAAAGUGGCACAAGAGUUGGAUGCAUUUGUUCAUAAGGUAAUAAAAGAACAUCAAUUUCAUCUAAGCACUAACAAAAGUAUUGUUUCAGAUAAUUUUGUAGACAUUUUGCUUAGAGUUCAUAUGGACAACAAACAUGAUAUGUCACUAGAUAGCAUCAAAGCCGUUAUAUUGGAUAUGUUUGCAGCAGGGACUGAUACAACUUAUACCCUAGUAGAAUGGGUGGUUAUUGAGUUGAUUAGAAAUCCUAGAGUGAUGAAAGAACUACAAAAAGAGUUGAGAAAAAUUGUUGGAGGGAAAGGUCGUAAGGUAUGUGAGGAUGAUUUGGAGAAACUAACUUAUCUAAAAGCUGUGAUCAAGGAAGCACUUAGGAUACAUCCACCAGGUCCUUUGUUGGUGAUUCGGGAGUCAUUGCAAGACAGCAAAGUAAAUGGUUUUGACAUCGAUGCAGGAACACUAGUGAUCAUCAACGCGUGGGCAAUUCAGACAGACCCAAUAUAUUGGGAAGAACCAGAGCAAUUUCGUCCUGAGAGAUUCCUGAACAGCAGCAAUUUAGCUGAUUUCAAAGGGCAAGAUUUCAGAUACAUUCCUUUUGGAGCAGGCAGAAGAGGUUGUCCAGGGAUAUCAUUUGCCUUGGCUAAUGCUGAACUCGUGAUCGCGACUCUUCUCAACGAGUUUGAAUUGACACUUCCUGGUGAUGUGCAGAUUGAGAAGAUAGACAUGACAGAAAUUACAGGUCUUACAGUUCGCAGACGAGAUCCUCUUAUGGUUAUUGCAACACCUUCUGCUUAUGUUCUUGAGCAAAUGUAUGCUGAUCCAAUCUAGGAUUAAUGGGUUACAAGAUAAAUUCAAAUCUAAUACGAAGUAGAUGAUUUGAUUAUGAUCCUUCUCUGGCGCUGCCCACUGCAAGGAAUUUAAGAAUUGUAUGUUCAAUGAACUUCUGUACUGU